AUGUCAUUGAGUAGCUCAUUUGAAAAUCUACAGGCAGCAAAACAACUUACGCAGAACAGCAAUGAACCAUACAAAAAGAAUUCAGUAUCGUCAACAAACUUUGUGACUAGUGGGAACUUGUCAGAUAAUCCUAACGAUUUCAUCACAUACAUCAUUCCUGACUUUAAUGCAGUUAAAUACUUUCAAAAGGACUUCAUAGACUCUAAUGAGUUUUAUCUUAUUGAAGAAUCUGAAGUUACGGGGUUUGAAUUGUACUUGGUUGAGCAGUGGGUGAUUAAUCGUCACAUUGGUACCAUUGUCACUGCUUUCACCGGAAAUGAACUGUCCAAGAUUGCAGUAGUCAAGUUCACCAUCAUCAAAAAGCCAACAAAGUAUUACCCAAUUAGGUUUCAAGAAUACCUUACCGAGUUGAUCCAAAACCACUCACGAAUGAAGACAGUGGAGAAAUCAACUCCCACAAGAGCCAAUAGUGACCACGAUUUAUUAACCAUAAACACAAUCUCAAGCAAGCCUCCAAGAAAAGAAAAGUGUGAGAUUAAGAAUGACGUUUGUUUUGUUACCAAUUUGACAUCGCUUCCUCCUCAGUUGAACUUGAUACCGGUUUCCAACGGGGACGCCAGACAGAUGGAAGCGCCGUUCAUUAUCAACUCUGAUUUGAAGCGGUUACAAUGUACUGGUAGAUCAGUAUCACUAACAACAGACAAAAUAUCAGCUGCUUGCGAAGACAAGUUUCGGCAAAUGUACAAAAUCUACAAUUUCAAAGAGCCCGUGAAAUUUGCCGUCAGAGAGCUUGUGAAUGUUGUUCAGACUUGUUUGUUUUAUUUUGAUCUACUAGAUGGACGAUAUUGUACAGGUUUGCUUUGCGUGAAGACCGAGGAAGCGAUAAACAGCUGGUGGAAUUUGAUCGGAUUACCUCAUUUCAAUUCCAAACCAAAUAUCAAGGCAGGUGUGCUUCCAGCGAGAACAGUGGCGGCAAUAAUCAGUUUGAUUCUUAGCAUUAAACUUCGAUUACAACUUGUGGGGAUCUCGGAUGUACCUAAAGAUCCCUUUGACUUUGAAAACUUUAUGUUAUCCGUUGGUCUGUUUCAAAGGCAGUAUAAAUUGGAAAAGACAAGGAAAUUGGAUAUGGAGACAAUGAAUAAGUUGUUUACCACAACCAACUCCCGUUUAAUGUCAUCUAAAAGCUCAAAUUAUUUUUCGCCGUACAGCGGAAAUGAAGGACUUGAAGAAUACGACCUAAUGGCAUCACCAAUACAAAAGUCACCAACUACAAAGAGACUGUAUGGGAAAAGGGAAUUGAAAAAAUUAACCAAUGUCAUGAAAACAUCAGUUCAGGAUCGAAUUGCAGCAGCAAGUAAUAGGGAACCCGAUGAUGUUAAGGGCAAAAGUGGUGGCAUUAGAAAUCGAAUUGCCAAACUCGCCGACACUAUGAGUCCACUUGAUGUGGAAACCUUGGAUUUGGAUAAUUUAGUGAAAAACUACCUUGUGGGAAAGACAUUGAUCAAAUUGUUUUAUGGAGUUCAAGCAGGCGGUGCAUUCACUCCCUAUGAAAGUGCCGAUCAAUCCAAGUCGAAAGAAAAAAGGAGAAGCAGAGCAAAUGAAGUUGAUAGCCAUUUGUACACUUUUGAAAGUUUACGUGACAAGAUUAUUCAAAACAGCAACAUUCAAUUGUCAACAUACAAUUCAAGAUAUGCACUAGGGUUCAGUAAACGGUUUGGUUUACAAAGUCGAAAAAAUAUGCUGGAGGAAAGAAUGAGUUCAACACAUCUAGGUCCUCGUACUGGUGGUGGUCGUGAACGGUCUCUUCAAUCGUCGUCGUUGGUGGAUUCUUUUCUACAAAUUGGUGACGAUUCAGCUUCCUUUGAUGAUAGCAGUCUGGCUGAUGAUCGUCGUCUAAGUGUUCAUUCGAGCUUUAAAGAUGCGCAUAAAUCAAAUGAUCCAUUAGUACAAUUCAAGCGCGAUUUGAAUAGGAGAAACUCGUGGCCCACUUUGCUCAACAAGAAUGAAGAGAAUUUGUCGUCAUUUGUCCACAUGAAAGACAAGAAUGUGCUCAAUCCGGAAGUGGUCGAGGUGUCUCGUACAAAACCGCGAAGUUUCAGCACAACAUCAAUUGAAACAGCAACUGACCCUUCCAUCGGAUCCAUAUCCAAAGUAUCACAAAUGUAUCUUGAUACAAUUGAUGAUUUGAUAAAGUAUGAGAACCUUCGCGAUUACUAUUUUGAAAACGCAAAUGAACACCAAUGUGUAUCAAAUGCCACAUUGGGCAAAUCCUUUCAAUUGCUAAAUAUCGAUUUGUUAAAAGUCAAAAACCUCAAAAAUCAAGUCUACACCAACAAACAUCGAGUGUUGGAAACCGGGAUCGCCGAUCACUUGAACUACAAUCUUGAUACAUUAACAAACACCAUUGAUCGAUUAUCUUACGAGACUCGAAUCGUUAGCAAAAAAAUUAACGAGCUUGAAGAAAACUUCAAAAUUUACAACAGCAAGCAAAAUGAAGCGGAAAAACGAUUGGAAAGAUUGAUUGGUGAAACCUUGAGUCAUCCUGAUAUGAAGGUAAUCUUUACUGAGCAACAACGUAAAGAAUUUGCCUUCAAAUUGACGGGCGACGAGAAUUUUGUCGAGUGUAGGAAAGAAGUGGAAACAAUGAGUCUGAAGGUGAUGCAAUAUUUGUACGGAUUCUUUUGGGGGUAA